AUAUGUAUAUUAUUAGAUGGAUGUUGGUAUAUAAGGAAAUCAGAUGUACACGGUCAAGUCGGAAAUCUACAGCGAGACAAACUACCAACCAGAGCAGGAUGCUGAUGGCAAAAUUGUGUCAAAAUUUCGUUUUCGCUAUCCCGACGAGAAGCUACCUAACGGUAAAGCUAAAGUAGAUAGUGAUGGUGAUCUGGAGGUGAAACGUCCAAAGCGCGGUAUCAUAGAAAUUGAACAUUCUGAUGCAACGGAACUGAAGCUAGUUGGUCUCCAAGUUUGGCGUGGAGCGCUGCUCCUGGCAGAUUUUGUCUUCCACCAAAGGGAAGCAUGGAGCUCCAAGACAAUCCUGGAGCUAGGCGCUGGAGUUGGUUUGACCAGCAUUACAGCAGCUAUGAUGAACAAAGGGCAAGUCUACUGUACUGACGUCAAUCUCGGUUGCAUCCUCGAGCUGAUUCGCAAGAAUGUUCAACGAAAUAGACAGCUGCUGCAAAGCAAGAUCUCUGUGCUGGAAUAUGACUUUCUUGCUUCAAGAUCUCAGUUGAGCAAAGAACUGAUUGCAGCGAUCGAUGAUAGUGAUAUAAUCUUGGCAGCGGAUGUCGUCUAUGAUGACACACUCACCGACGCCUUCGUCGCUGUCAUGGAACACAUACUGGAGCGUGGAGAGAAGUCUGGCAGAGCUAAGUACAUCUACAUGGCCAUGGAAAAGCGUUACGUGUUCACUCUGGAGGAUUGUGAAUCUGUGGCGCCCAUGUAUGAGCACUUCCUGAGGCAGGUACUGAAGAAGCCUUGGCGCAUGGACGAGUUGCCCUUGGAUUUCCCACAAUAUUUUGAAUAUGAGCGAUGCCCGCAGUUGGUGCUGAUGCGCAUUAGCAGACGUUGAUACCUCUACUGUACAGUAAUCUCCCUAAAUGUGAACACACUUCAGCUUAUAAAUAAAACAGUUUGUUAGAUUUUAUUUUAGUUCUGCAUAGAGGACUGCAACAAAUAGAAAUAUUUUUGUAUAAUAUUAACAAUUUGCAUCGUAUGCAAGACCAUAAAUUCCCACA